CUUCCCAACCCUGCAUCCUUCUCCCACCCUUGUCCCUCGGGCCUGGGUCCUUCCCUCCCAAAGUCCUGGCCUCCCUCUUUGACUGCAUCCCUUUUCCAUCCUGGCAUCCCCCCCCCCGACCCCACUCAUUCCCACUCACCUGCCUCUGACUUUGUCCCUCCUCUUCCUCCCUCCUCAACCUCCACUCUGCUCCUUGACCCCCGUACCACCCUUCACCCAGACUCUGCCCAGCAUGGCCCAGGCAGAGGGUACCAUUGCUUCCCUCUGGACAUCCAAGCCCUCACCUGUAGCCUCUGCAUUUCUGGGAAUCCACCCCGCUUCUCUUGGCUCUGUCCCUGUCUCUGUCUCUGUCUCUCUCUGUUACCCCUUCUCCUCACUCACCUGCCACCCCCAACACCACUCCUCCAGCUUCUCUGACCGCAUCUUUCUGAUCUCCUUCGAAGACCGUUUUCCUUGUUUUCACCUUUAAUGUCCCCAGCUCGCUUCUUACACAGCACCUACUCUUUUGGAGAUCUCUUUGAUCCCCUCUUUUGCCAAUGAGCUUAUUUUCUCUCCAAUUACAGAUAAAUGAGAUUGUACAGGGUUUGAAUAUUCAUUUUGUUUUUGUAUGAAAACUUGUUUUACUUGUCUCUAUCUUCCAUUGCAUUAGAAAUACCUGAGCCCAAGACUGAGCCAAGACUGAAGAAGGUGACCCUCCACAGUGGAUGGAGAUAGUUCCCUGUUCUUGCCAGGAAGGCCAGCGUGACUGGCACAAGAGUGCCUAAAGUCAGAGCCCUCAACAUAAGGAACUCCAUUGUCUCCACUGCUGACAAUUUGAGCUCCACUUGGGUCUUGAAGAGCAAUCAAAGUUCUUCCUGAUUAUAGGCAAAGGAGAAGAAGGAGCCAGUUCACAGAAGCCCGGCAGCCCUCCCUCAGAACACUCUCCCUCAGAACACCUGCCCUCUGUCUCCGGCAUCACCAGCUGGCCUAGAGCAUGGUUCUCGUGGCUACAGAAUGACCCGUCGAAAACCCAUGGUUCAUCCAUUCGGCAGUCAUGGGCAGGAAAUGGCCUCAUACCCAGGACCGCCACACUGGAGGGUUCUGGACAAGCCACACCUCUGUCCAGGUGGAAGAGGUUGUUGUAAACACCUGGCUUAGAAACUUAUGCGGAUUUGGCAGUCACCUUUUUUGAUGAUGCACGUGCAAUAAAAAUGCUGAGUGUGCUUUGAGCAUGCUGGGGUUGGACACAGUGCCGCUGCACAGAACUUCCGAAGGUGGCUCCGUGGGCAAGGAGGCCCAGGAGGCCCACAGAGGAAGGCAGGAAGUUCCAGUGUCCAACAGAGGUUCUCUUGUAUCUCCCCACUGGGCCAGUGAUGGACUCUCGAUGCAAGGCUUUACUCUCAUGUCUAUGCCGGAUGGUUGUGUCAUCCUCCAGCUUCCCCAAGGAAAGAGGGCCCUUUGUGCCUAUGUUGUGCACAGGAAUGUAACCUGCAUUCUACAGGAGGGAGCAGAGAGCUACAUAAAGGCUGAGUUCCGGCAGUGUGGAUGGGGGCCCAAGUGCUCUGGGACAGUCACGUACCGCACAGUGCUCAGACCCAAAUACAAGGUUGGCUACAAGACAGUGACAGACCUCACCUGGCGUUGCUGCCCUGGCCUCACUGGAGAAAGCUGCCCUGAGCACCUCACGGACCAUGGGGCCACCCCACCCCAGCUGAAUCCUGAACCUCAGAUUCCCUCAGGGCAGGUGGGCUCAGGUCCCAGGCCCCCUCCUUACAGCCAAGCGGCCCCCGGUCCCCAUGGAAGAAAAGGCCUAGGGCUAUUUGGUGAGCGCCUGGAACGCCUGGAGAGUGAUGUCCAGCACCUGGCACAAGUAUAUAGUACCCUCAGUGGUCUGGUGGCCAGCCAUGAGGACCCCGGCAGGAUAAAUGGGGACUCCAGGGUUCCUGCUAUCCCUGUGGGUUUUGGGGUCAUCCCAGAGGGGCAUGUGGAUCCAAGAGACAGAACAGGAGGACCACUCACACCUCCCCUGGGUGAGAUCCUGAGCAAAGUAACAGAAGUGAGCAACACGCUGCGCACCAAGGUGCAGCUGCUCAACGAGGUGCACGGACUCGCCCUUGGCCACGAGGCCCACCUGCAGCGGCUGCGGGAAGCCCCGCCAUCCCCACUGACCUCUCUGGCACUGCUGGAGGAAUACGUGGACCAACGGCUGCAGCGACUCUGGGGGAGCCUGCUAGAUGGCUUCGAGCAGAAGCUGCAAGGCAUCCAGAGUGAGUGUGACCUGCGGGUGCAGGAGGUGCGGCAACAGUGUGAGGAGGGCCAGGCAGCCAGCCGGCGGCUACACCAGAGCCUUGAUGGCCGUGAGCUGGCUCUGCGCCGGGAGCUGUCACAGCUGGGCACUCGGCUGCAAGGCCUGAGUGUGGCUGGUGGAGGGAGUUGCUGCGGCCAGCUGGCCUUGAUCAGUGCCCGCGUGGACAACCUUGAGAAGAACCUGCGGGCAGUUGUGGAGGCCCACAAGGGCCCGGGCACCCCAGCCAGGGAUGAGCUUGAGCAUCUCUCUGCUGCUAUGCUUGAGGGGGGUGUGGAUGGGCUGCUGGAGGGCCUGGAGACCCUCAAUGGGACAGAGGAUGGAGUGAGGAGCUGCUGUCUGAGGAUGGAGAUGGGGGGCUGGGGUGUGGAUGGCUUCGGGUCCAUGCUGGAAGAGCGUGUGCAGAGCCUAGAGGAGCGCCUGGUGACAUUAAUUGGAGAGCUAAAUCAGGACAGCGUCCCACUGGGCAGGUCCGUGCGGCCCCUUGUGCCGACAGAGCUGGCCGUGCUAGAACAACGGCUGGUCUCCCUGGAGACCUCAUGCACCCCCAGUACCGUGGCAGCCACCCUGGACAACCUCGUGUCAGAGGUAAAAGCCUGGCAGAGCCGGAGUGAGGCCCUCCUACACCAGGUGGCCAGCCACACAGCUCUGCUACAGCAGCUCAAUGGCACCGUGGCUGAAGUCCAGGGUCAGCUGGCAGAAGGGACGGGCAGCUCACUCCAAGGUGAAAUCACUUUACUGAAGGUCAACCUGAACUCAGUGAGCAAGUCACUCACAGGCCUCAGUGACUCCGUGAGCCAGUACUCGGAUGCCUUCUUGGCUGCUAACACCUCCCUGGAUGAGCGGGAACGCAAGGUGGAGGCUGAUGUCCACGCCAUCCAGGAGCAGGUCAGCAGCCAAGGCUCAAGGCUCCAGGCUGGCCACCGGCAGGUCGUGAACCUGCAGGGGGAGCUGGCGCAUCUCAAGGCUGGUAUGGCCAGUGUGGCCAGGGGGCUGAGCCACUGCCAGGACACAGCCCGAGAACUCCAGCGUGCUGUGGGCCACUUUGACCAGCGGGUGGUACAAGUGGAGGGCAUGUGCAGGAGGCUUGGCCUGCUGGCUGCCAGUCUGGACAGCUUGCCCACUGAGUUGCUUAGGUCCAGGGAGGGACUGUGGGGCCAUGUGGACCAGCUGAAUCGCACGCUAGCCCAGCACACAGAGGACAUCGCCCGUCUCCGAGAUGACCUGCUGGACUGCCGGGCCCAGUUGGCUGAGCAGGCAAGGCUAGGGCAAGCUAACUAGGCAGGCUGGUUAGGAUCCAAGCCCCAGAUCGCAUCAACUCUGGGAACAUCACCCCAGAGCCCAGUCUUACCCAGCCAUGCCUGCAGGCCUUCCAGGACCAGCCCAGUUGCCACUUCAGAGGCCACUGGACCGAUGGUCUCAGUCUAUGUUCGUAUGACUGUCCUGGUCAUCAGUGCUGCACAACUAGACACUUCAGGAUUGUGAUCAAGGCAAGGAUGUCAUGGUAAAGACCAGGAUGGACUUCAAAGAGCACACAUUCCAUGGUCUAUGACUUGCUUUUUUACAGACACAUCGGAGUUAGCAACUGUGCAAGUUCUUGCCCGUUCUCACACAGGGGCCUGUCCACAACUCCCUUUGCCCACAGCAGGUGGCAUCAGCCCUUGGAGAUUUCUGUUCCCUUGUAUCUUGGCUUCUACCAUAGCCAUCUGGAUGAGGGUUCUACAGGAAAGUGAUCCCCCCUGGAACUACCCUUACACCUGGCAGCCUCAUGGAUGUUGUUUCUGAACCAAGGACCAGAAGCCACCAGAGGUUUCCAGCUCCCCGCAUCCUUCAGACCGAAUGGAAGCACAGAGACCCAGCUGAGGGUUUUCUUUAUUCUUUUUGAUCCUCCCUCUUGGUGAGGGCUGAGGCAGCUGUAGAUUCCGAGAGCAAAGAGUGAUAUCCAGGCAAUCUGUUUGAAGACCUCACUUUAUCUUUGCCCCUUUCCUUCCCCAAAGACAUUUUCAGGGCUCUAGUCCUCUUCUUUCCAGUUGGGGAAAAAUCUCUGUUCCCCCAGAUCAGUACCUCUCCUAAGUGUAGCCUUAGUAUAUAUUGAGGCCUAAAGGAAGCCAGACCCUGAGAAAGCCAUAGCUGGGGCAACAGGGGUUUAGGCCUUGCUUUUAACACCCUCACAAAAUCCCUGCCCUGCCAGGAUGAUCACAAAGUGGUAAGAAAUUCAGGUAUGAAACCAUUAAGGCACAACUAGAAAAAUGUAAGUGUUCCUCAGGCCCUCACAGUUCCCUGCUGUGCUGAGGCUGUCAGCCUUGGUUUCCCUCACAGUGUCACGGGCCUCCUGUGCUGUCUGCAGGACCCCUUCUGAACAUUUGGUGCUGUGCCCUCCACCCUGGCACUGUGCGAGGAGGGCAGAUUCUGGAUUAAAGCUUUCAGGCAGUCUAAGAGUGCUUUUUUUCCUCCAAAGGCAGUGUGAGGGAAGGCUGCUGGGGGUGUUGCCCUGUGCCUCAGGUGAGAGCUCAUUCAAUAGCUGCACACUGCACUGACUUAGAGGCCAGGCAAGGCAGUCAGCAAACACCACCUGCCAUGGCCAGGUGUGAGCCUGAGUCCUCAAAGAACAUUCUGAGAGGACCUGGGACAGUGGCCAGGCUUCAAUGAGGCAAGCAGAAGCCAUGUUCCCUCAGUCCUUGUGGGACCCAAGUUUCCUUUCCCUGAUGUCAGAGGGGCCCUGGAGCAUUAGACUUGGGACUGAUGCCUGGGCACCAGUGAGGGAGGCAGUGAUGCCAGGCUCAGGAACUGGACAUGGGUGGGGCCGUGGAGGAGUUACUUUGUAGGGUACAGUCUGGGCUCCCAGAAGAGCAUGGCUGGAGCACUAUGUUCUUUCCCAGUGCCACUCAGCCACACCCCGCUGCCGCUGACACCCUCUUCCCUGUACAUAGAGGCCUCAAAUCUUAGAGGGGCCAUCUACUUCUGACAUGUUGAGUUCAGGCAAAGUCCCAGGGUGGCUGGGACAGGACAGACAGACACAUCAAAGACAAAGACAAACCCUGGAAGGGCCUAAGUGACUUUUUUUUUUUUUUUUUAACAGUGCUAGAGAUGGAAUCCAGGGGCUCAUACUUGCUAGGCAAGCUAUGUCCUCAACCCUUUUUAUUUUAUUCUGAGACAAGGUUUUAACUUAGUUGCCCAGGCUAGGCUCACUUGCAGACGUCUUGCCUCAGCCUCCCAAGUAGCAGGGAUUACAGGCAUAUUCCAGCAUUCCUACCAGUACCAUGCUACAGGUCAAAGACA